AACGGUCGGAGCGCGAGGCGGUGGUGGUGAGCUUGGGUCACGGGGACGGGCAGUGGCAGUGCGUGUACCGAGCGGGGCGGCGGCAGUGGGAGACCAAGAUUCCGGGCCCGUGAACGGUGGCUCUUGCCGGCGGCCACCGAGAAGCGUUCCUUCUGUUAAGAGACUGGCGGCCAUCUAGAGCCCGGGGCCCGGGCCGGGAGAAACCGUUGGCCCAGGAGAAGCGGCGAACAUUCGGAAUUGACCUCUACUGUAUUUGGGUAGAUCUCUGGAGGACCUGGAGUGAAGCCCAGAGGUGAGAGCGAUUAAAGAAGUGAUGAGCAGAAGAAGUGAACCGGACUGAGCAAGGUUAUUAGGAGUGAAUUGGAUCGCAGUCCGGCUUGGGGAGUGUCUUGGACGAUAGCCUGCGACUGAAGGGGUCCACGAUAGAACAGGGGCAAUCAGCUGUAAAACUAGUGUCAUUUCGGGUGAAGUGGAAAAAUUGAAGUGAUCCAGGUUAAAAAAAAAGCUCCUUGGAGUACCACAUGGUAUCAGGAAGGUUCUGGAGUUAAAACUCAGUGUCUUGAUCAUUCUGGAGUUGCAUGUUAUUGAAAAUGUUCUGGAGUGAUGCCGAGGACUAGGAGUGAUCCACUUAAAUUUUAGGAUUGGAAAUAUAGAAGACCUAUUUGGAGCUGAAAAUGUCCUUCUUUAACUUUCGGAAGAUCUUUAAGAUUGGUGGAGAGAAGAAGAAAAAACAAUUUGAGCAUGUGAAAAAAGACGUAAACCCUGAAGAGGUCUGGCAGAUCAUCGGUGAGCUGGGAGAUGGAGCUUUUGGCAAGGUCUAUAAGGCGCAGAACAAACAAACAGGAAUUCUUGCGGCAGCGAAGGUGAUUGAAACUAAAAGUGAGGAAGAGCUGGAGGAUUACAUUGUGGAAAUUGAUAUUCUGGCAUCAUGUGAUCAUGAUCAUAUUGUCAAGCUGCUUGAUGCGUUUUACUAUGAAAACAAGCUGUGGAUUCUGAUUGAAUUCUGUGCUGGAGGAGCUGUAGAUGCAGUAAUGCUGGAAUUGGAAAGAGCUCUGACUGAGCCUCAAAUUCGAGUAAUUUGUAAACAUACACUGGAAGCUCUGAGCUACCUCCACGACAACAAGGUGAUCCACCGAGACUUGAAGGCAGGGAAUAUACUGCUCACAAUGGAAGGAGAUGUCAAACUGGCUGAUUUUGGGGUCUCGGCAAAGAAUAACAGGACAUUGCAACGAAGGGACUCCUUUAUUGGGACACCUUACUGGAUGGCACCUGAAGUUGUGAUGUGUGAGACAUCAAAAGACAAGCCCUAUGAUUAUAAGGCAGAUAUCUGGUCGCUGGGUGUCACUCUGAUUGAGAUGGCUCAAAUGGAGCCUCCCCACCAUGAGCUGAAUCCUAUGAGAGUCCUACUGAAAAUUGCUAAAGCUGACCCACCCACACUGACGCAACCAUCCCGAUGGUCGCCUGAGUUCAGUGAUUUCCUGAAGAAGGCAUUGGAGAAGAAUGUUGAGGUGAGGUGGUCAUCCCAGCAGUUGCUACAGCACCCAUUUGUGGUGAAUGUUAACAGCAGUAAGCCUGUGAGGGAGUUGAUUGCAGAAGCAAAGGCAGAGGUAACAGAAGAGAUUGAAGAGAGCAAAGAGGAUGAAGAAGAGGAGGAUUCUGAAAAUGCAGCAGCUUUGCCAGGACAUAAACGUGCCCCAUCAGAUAUCAGCACUGCCAGCUCUGAGGAUGAGAAACUCUCCCAGUCUCCUUCAAUCCUUGAGGCUGUUUCUGAGAAAAUGGAGACAGAGUCUGUUGAAGAAAAUACAGACAAGGUCAGUGACAAGCUGUCAGAUGAGGGGAUUGGCACCAGUGAAGGGGAGAAGCUGAUGGAGAACAAUGCUUCUGACGCCAGUAAUGAAGAUGUACAAGGAGGUAGUGAGAAACUAGAUACUGAUGUUGGGAAACGUGCAUCAUCAGAAGAGAAAUCUGAGACAGAAGAGCCAAAUGUGGAGAUCCCAGAAGCUCAGGAUAGCACUGAGCAACCUCUGAAAGAAGAUGAGGUACGUGAGGAUGUUAGCAAACCUGAAGAGGAAAAGGGCAAAGUGUCAGAGAUAAAAAAGGAAACUGCACCUGGAAAAGAGAAAGAGACAGAGACGGAGCCAAAUGAAGUUAAGGUGGAGGGAGAGAACAAAGCAGCCAACACUGAGGUGACAGAAGCCUUGGCAGUAACGCAGGCAGAGAAAAGUGAUGAAGAAGCAGCAAGAGAAGCUUCCAAUGCAAUAAUGAUCAGUGUGCAACCUAAAGAGACCAUACCUGAAGAAACAAUGGAUGUAAUUUCUGGCAAAGGAGAGCAGGAGGUGCCAGAGUCCACUGUAAACACUCCAGCUCUCCGCAGUGAAGAAACAAAAGAGGAGAAGCAGGCUGAUGAUCUCCAAGUGAACUCUGGUACACAAUUAGUGGAAGGUGGAAGAUGUCCCGAGAUUGAAGUUGUAACGGAGAGUGGUGUAAAAUUAGAGUACACUUCAGAGACAGAGGCUGAUACUAAGACACUACCUGAAACUAAGACACGACCUGAAACUAUCCCUACCCCAGCAAGCAUAACGUUGAGUGGCGAGUUGAAUGAAACACAAGAUGCUAUCACUUACAAAGUGAAGGAAACAGAGAGUGAGAGCCCAGAUGACAUAAAGCUGGAGAUGAUCCCCGAAAUCAAUGUCAUCACUGAAGAGAUGAAGGAAAAUUUUGAUCCUGCUGCACAAUCGAAGAGCAUGAAUCAAGAAAAAGAGAGAGAUGCAGAUUCUGGGAGUGGGUCAAUGGCAGACAACAACAGCAUUGACUUAAGCCUGUCCAUAUCCAGCUUCUUGUCCCGCAACAAGGAAACUGGAUCGAUAUCACUUCAGGAAAUGAAGCAACAGAAAAAAACAUUGAAGAAAACACGUAAGUUUAUGGUAGAUGGUGUGGAGGUAAAAGUGACAACAUCAAAAAUUGUUACAGAUAAUGACAAAAACAAUGAAGAAAUGAGAUACCUCAGGCGCCAAGAGUUGCGUGAGCUGCGGCUUCUUCAGAAAGAGGAACAACGCACACAGCAGCAACUCAGCAAUAAGCUGCAGCAGCAGCGUGAACAGAUCUUCCGCCGCUUUGAGCAGGAGAUGACAAGUAAGAAGCGUCAGUAUGAUCAUGAAAUUGAAAACUUGGAACGACAGCAGAAACAGACAAUUGAGCGUCUUGAACAAGACCACACUACCCGCUUGCGAGAUGAAGCAAAGAGAAUCAAAUCUGACCAGGAAAAGGAGCUGUCAAAAUUCCAGAGCAUGUUAAAAAAUCGCAAAAAAGAGGUUAAAAAUGAAGUGGAUAAACUCCCCAGAGAACAGAGAAAAGAACAAAUGAAACGAAUUCGAGAGGAGCUUUCGCAGUCCUUGCAUGUUCAGGAACAGGAGUUUCUGCAGAAGCAGCAGCAGGAGUUGGAUGGGGCACUGAAGAAAAUUAUCCAUCAACAUAAACUGGAGCUAGCUACCAUUGAACGGGAAUGUCUGAACAACAAACAGCAACUGAUGCGAGCCAGAGAGGCAGCAAUUUGGGAACUGGAGGAACGGCACCUACAAGAAAAACACCAACUUCUGAAGCAGCAGUUGAAAGACCAAUACUUCAUGCAGAGGCACCAGCUUCUAAAAAGGCACGAGAAGGAAAUGGAGCAGAUGCAGAGAUACAACCAGCGACUUAUUGAGGAUCUGAAAAAUCGACAAACCCAGGAGAGAGCCAGGUUGCCCAAAAUCCAGCGCAGUGAAGCCAAGACUCGCAUGGCCAUGUUCAAAAAAAGUCUGCGAAUUGGCUCCUCGAGUUCACCAGAACAAGAUCGGGAGAAAAUCAAACAGUUUGCUAGUCAGGAGGAGAAGAGGCAGAAAAAUGAAAGGUUACAGCAGCACCAGAAACAUGAAAAUCAGAUGAGAGACCUUCAGCUCCAAUGUGACGCCAAUAUUCGGGAAUUGCAGCAGCUACAGAAUGAAAAGUGCCAUUUGCUAAUUGAACACGAGACACACAAGCUGAAGGAGGUGGAUGAAGAGCACGGUCAGGAGCUGAAGGAGUGGAGGGACAAGCUUAGACCCAGGAAGAAGGCUUUAGAGGAAGAAUUUGCUCGCAAGCUGCAGGAGCAGGAAGUCUUUUUCAAGAUGAGCGGAGAAUCUGAAUGCCUCAAUCCUUCUGCACAGAGCCGUAUUUCCAAGUUCUACCCUGUCCCAAGCCUGCAUUCUACAGGAUCCUAAUUGCAGGGCUCCCAGGAGUUUCUGUUACUCUUUCAGUAAACACCUAUUUAUGAUAGUGCUGAUCCGGUCACCUGCAGCAGGACUCUCUGGUGCCCCUUUACCAUCUUUGAGUUUGAAGACCGUCAGAAUGCAGCUGUUGAAUUUACAUGUUUUGAACCUUAUUGGACUGUUUGCAUCUGGAAAUCCUGGAUAAGAUGCAUGACUGCAUUUCCUAGUGGUCCGAAGUGGAAGACAGGAUGGGAGUGGUGUGUCUAUAUCAUUCAUAGCACAAUUUUAAUAAUUUAUAAUACUCUCCUUUUGCCUCAUCUUUUGGUCCCAUUGUCUGUUGGCCAGACAGCAGGAAAAUAGGCUCCAGGUUCCUGUAUUGAGUCACAAUAGAUCUCUCUGUGCAGAGACGUAUGCUGAAGAUGCAAAGCGAGUUCUGGUGAAAUGGUAACAGUUGUCAAAUGAAUCAUGGAAUAUUGCUGUGUCUGAGGGUUUCCAUUGCAAUUAGCAGGUUUUAAUACAUAUUGCAGAUUCCUGAAUUAUUCUGAGCUAUCUAAUAGUUUAUCGAUCAAACCAGAAGUAAACAUUUACAACUCUGCAGAUCUGGCAGCACCUGUGGAGAGAAAAAUGAGUUUGUGUUUCAGGUCUGUUCCUAUCGGAGCUAAUGGAAGUCACUAACCUGAAAUAUUAGCUCUUGUUUCUGUCUCCACAGAUGCCAUUGCAGUUGUUUUGUGUGAAUGAAUCACUAGCCAUUGCAUUUCAGCCUUUUUGUGAAAAGUGACAUGCAUCCCAAUGACACACAAACCCUAAAACAGGAAUAUGACCAUGCUGUAACCUUUGACUGUUACUGAGCAAAAAAUCUCUUUGCACUUCAUGCCCCCACUAAGCUAAAUUGGAGCUUAGGAACAAUAAAAUUACAAUACCACAGCACUCUGCGGAGUUCAGUCGGUGUAUGGGGACCCACUGUGUACGGCCUAGAGCUUGAACUGUAGAGCAUCUGGAGAAGCUUGAUUCAGAUGAAUGGAAUUAUGCAUGAUUUGUGGAAACUAAGUGAUGUUUAGACCCUAUUUGGCAUAAAAUACUGGAAGCAUGGUAAAAUAUUCUGGUAUCAUCUUGGUUGCUUAGAAGCACAUGAAUUUAGCAAAUCAUGCAUUCAAACUCCCUACCACUUCUGUAAACAACCGUCACUGCGUUUUCCAUAAACAACCGUCACUGCGUUUUCUGUAAACAUUGUUACAUUUCCAAAAAAAACUUGCAUUUCCCUAAAUCCCAGGGCAGGCAGCAGCCUAGUAGUAUUAUCACUAGACUAUUAAUCCAGAAACCCAGCUGAUGUUCUGGGGACACUGUUUCAAAUCCCACCAAAGCAGAUGGUAGAAUUUAAAUUCAAUAGAAAAAAAAAUCUGGAAUUAAGAGUCUAAUGAUGAUCAUGAAACCAUUGUCGAUUGUCAGGGAAAACCCAUCUGGCUCAUUAAUGUCCUGAAGGGAGGAAAUCUGCCAUCCUUAGCUGGUCUGUUCUACAUGUGACUCCAGACCCACAGCAAUGUGGUUGACUCUGAACUGCCCUCUGGGCAAUUAGGGAUUGAUAAUAAGUGCUUACGCAGGCAGUGAUGCCCUCAUCUCAUGAAUGAAUUCUAAAAAAACGUUGCUGCAUUUCCCUAAAUAAUUCACUAUGAUUGAUUGCAUAGGUAACCAUCAGUAACAUUGUUGCAUUUCUCCAAAUAACCAUCACUACUUUUUCCCUAAACAAUUGUCACUACAUUACUCUAAAUAAUGGCCACUGUUUCCCUUAAAAAUUGUCACUACAUUUCCUGAAAUAAUCAUCUGUUAAUUUCUCUAGAUAACCAUUGCUACAUUUCCUUACAUAAUGUUACUAACCGUCAUUUGUUUUCCUAAAUGACCCCUGCUACCUUGCCCUAAAUAACUGUCACAGCGUUUUCCCUAAACAACAAUCAGUGUUUGCCUCAAUAAUCCUCACUGUGUCCAAGUAUUUUUGAGAUGCUUUGAAAUGCAUCUGAGAAAAAUGAUGGAUUGCAAUAUCAGUGCAAAAUCUUACUUGCUUUUAAAGUGAAAAUUUCAUAAUUAUUGAAGUAUUUUGGCAUGUUUAGCAUUGUGCUGUCAUGAAAGUGUUUCUCUGAUUCUUCUCUAAACAGGAGUGAGGGCAGUGAGUUUAUCACAGCAAUGCAGUUGACUCUUAACUGCCCUCUGGGCAAUUUGGGAUGGGCAUUAAAUGCUGGCCUUGACAGCAACGCCCACAUCUGUGAAUGAAUAUAUUUUUAAAAAAAUGUUCUCCUAUGCUUGAUAAAGAGCUGCAAUAAGACAUCUGAGGAAUUCUGGUAUCAGCUGAGAGCUUAUAUAAAGCAAACAUCCAUCUCUUUGAAUCAGGAUUCCAUUAUUUUUAAAACAACAGUUUCAGUAAGUGACUCUACAUUGCUUAAUAACCAUGGGUCUGUGCUUGCUUCAUUGUGCAACCCUUCACACCUGAAUCUGUGGAUUGCACAGGGAAGUAACAAUUAUCUAAUAACCAACAUAAUCUCUAUAUAUCUAAAUUAUUUUAAUGGAUGAUAUUCUAUCUGAAGUACUUCUGCUUAUUUGGUUUGAGUCUAUGCCUGUACUCCUGCCCCUGCACCCCAAGAGUCUAUCAGAUUUGAUUUUGUUGAAGGGAGGAGGGUUUAAGAUUGGUGAGUUUAAGCUCCACAUUUGCAUGUUAGUUUUGUGUGAUUUAUUUGGGAUUGUUUGGUGUUCUGUACUGUAGAGGCGAUCACACAUGAGGCAAGUUGAUCUUUGAAGUGUUCAGAUGUGAUAGCAAUCAAAAUUUUAGACAUUUGAGGCACAAGGACCAAAACAUGACACUUCGUUCAGAACUGGGUCUUUGAAAACAUUGAAGACUUGCACUCCUAUUCGAUUGACACUUGUGAAAAUUGAGUUGUCAUGCAGGUAACCUGGUCAGAUAUCUAUAUUAAUGAUCUUGUUCCAUCCACCACUGCAGAGAUUCCUUUUGCUGAAUAUUCUACAGCAGUACUUUUCUAUUUUUCACAUUUAUCAUCCAAAUAAAUGCUCUGGCACUAUAAAUAAUAAAUGUUCUGGAACUUUGUGGUAUCUUUUAAAUUAUGACCUCAGUAGCAGGUUAAGCACAAACGUGAUUCCCAUGUGCUUCAAUGUAGUUCCACCUUGUGAGGUCACAUUCACCACCGUGUGGCCUCUAUGCAAGCCAUCACUGUGCACAAUCAGUGCAAGUUCAUGAGCCAUAAGAACUUUGUAGAAAAGUCGUUAAACAAUGUAUUUAUUCUAAAAGGAGAAUUUGUUAUUUUACAUUUUUUUCUCUUUAAUUCCAUAAUUUUAGUUUAGAAAGUAUGUUACUUUAUUUUGGGGAUGAUUAUAUCCUUGAAAGGUCAGCAUUUGUAGUCUCUCUAAUUGCCCGUAAGAAGUUGGAAGUGAGCUGUUUUUAUGAACUGCUGCAGUGCAAGUGUUGAAUGGACAACCAUAGUGCUGUUGGGGAGGGAGUUUCAGGAGUUCUACCGAGCAAUAGUGAAAGGAUGACAAUAUCAUUCCAAGUCUGGAUGGGUGUGACUUAGAGGAACUUGAAGGUAUCUGCUGACCUUGACCUUAUAGGUGAUACAGGUUGAAAAUUUGGGAGAAUCUGUCAAUGCAGAUGCUGGUGGGAGCCCCAUGGUGCACUGUGAGUGGAAUCAAUGAGGAGAUUGCAGCCAUUUUAGUGACAAUUGCAGUCUUAAAAUCAGUUAGGUGGGGGAUGGACAAAGCUCAGUACAACACCAUCAAGGGACAUCUAAUAAUUAGAAAUGGCUACAUUACUAUCAGUCAACUUGUGUGUGUUAAUUAAGAACCUCAGAAACAGUAACAGGAGUGGGCCAUUAGGCCCCUUCAGCCUGUUUGUCCAUCUACGUAUUCAUGGCUAAUUAUCACUUUAGUUAUACUGCCCGUUACCCAUACUUCACUGAGACCAAAAAUCAAUCUGUUUCUUCAAAAUAUUCAACAAUGGAACUUUGUUUGAACGGCGAAGCGGGUUCAAGUGUCCUGUUCAUAUAUUUGUAUGGUCUAAAUGGUCGAAUCUUUAUUUCGAUAAUGUGCCCAUGUUGUAGAUUCUCUGCCUGUGUGGCUACCCAGUUAAUUUGCUUUGGAAUCUUGCGUUUCAAUGAGAUCACCUGUCCUUCUUUUCAAUUCAUGAAAGUAUAGGCCCAAUUUUCUCAGCCUCUUGUCUUUCAUCCUAAAAACCACUCCAGCCUUCACUGCAUCAUAGAAUCCCUACAGCGUGGAAGCAGGCCAUUUAGCCCAUUGAGUCCACACGACCCUCCAAAGAAUGUCCCACCCUCCCACCCCUGUGUCUGUAACACUGCAUUUCCCAUGGCUAAUCCACCUUGCCUGCAUAUUCCUGGACACGAUGGGCAAUUUAGCAUGGCCAGUUCACCUAACCAGCAUGUUUUUGGAUUGUGGAGGAAACUAGAGCGCCUGGAGGAAAUCCGCACAGACACUGGGAAAAUUUGCAGACUCUACACGGACAGUCCCCAAGGUGGUAUUUUCACUUCCAAUGAAAAUGUACUCUUCAAAGAUGGAGACUAUAACUGCACACUGUAUCUCAUUAAACCCCUGUAGAAUUGUACUGCUGUGCUGCGUGAGUGUUCUGUUUGAAGGCGUGUCCUCUGUUCGUUCUCUAUUGACACUUCAUUGCGAGCCAGUUUUUUUUCUCCCUGAAGGAGAAAAAAAGUGGUUGUUUGCCACUGCAUUCUGUUUUUUGGGGAGGCAGUUCUUAAGUCUACUUCAGCCAAAUGAGAACCAAACCUGUGUUGUUGGCAUUUUUCCAAACCACGCACUAACCAUCCAGUUUCAAUUGCACCAAGAUUCCCUUAUUCUUCAAUUACCUUGAAAUAAGGGCCAAUAUGCCAUUUGGAAGCAUGAUUACUUGCUUCACCUUUUGAGUUAUCUCUGUUUCCUUGUAUGAGUGCAAGCAUGACCCUUCUAAACACCAGCUUUCUCAGGUUUAACACCUUCAGAAGAAAAAUCCUGCUUUUCCAUUCUGACUACCAAAGUUAAAAAGAUCUUAAUGGUCCACGUAAUAUUGCCAUCUGCCACUUUGGCCCACUUAUAUAACCUACAUGUCUCGGUGGCCUCUGAGUCCUCAAUUGCCAACAGACCUUAACUUUGGCUCUGAUUAAUUAUUUGAACAUUUCUUUACAUUUGACCAUAAAGGGUAUCUUUGGGCAGUGUAAAUGGAGCUUUACUCUGUCCUAACCCCAUGAUGCACCUGUCCUGGGAAUUUUUGACAGGAACAGUGUAGAUGAAUAUUUAGUCUGUAGCUUUUUUGCCCUGGAACUGAACAUGGUAGUGUGAUUUUCACCUUGAAACAAGUGUCCUGUUGCAUAAUUUCAUGAAACAAUUGUGAUCGCCUCUACAGCAUUGCUGAGACACUUAUUUUGUUCCUGAAUUUGUAGUAUGUUGAGACUUGAAUCAUAAUGAGUCCUCUAGCUUACACUUUUACAUUAAUCUAACAAUGAACCCCAACCAAAACCAUAGGAGAGCACCUGUGAUCCAUCACAGAUCCUGUGUCCUGGAUAUUCCAGGAUGUUACUUGUACUGUAACUGUUGGGAAACUAGUGUCUAUAUUUCUGAUUGUAACUAUAACAUAUGAAGGCUUUGCUACAGCUUUAUAUAUUAGAUGUUUCAAUACCUAGAACUUCAUUUGUUAAACUAUGAAGAGAACUUAUUUAUGUGGAUCAGAUGUUCUACAUAAGGUGAUUAUGAAGCUUUGUGUAGAAAUAAUUAUGUAAAUAAAAUGGUAUUACAGAUGA